AGGCCCCCCCCAGUGGCCUGUUGGUUCCCUCAGUCCCGCUGGCCAGAGGCUGCGGGAGGCCUCACCAGCCACCCGGAGUCACCUCAGGCUGUGACCUUUGGGGCAGGCUCGACCCUUCGCUACCACCUGCGGGAAACCUCUCGCCCUCUGAACAGCCAGCGCGUGUGUGCACCUGCGCCGGGCCCCGCCCUGACCAGCGCGCCCCUCCCUCUCUCCACAGCCACCUCCCCAUGCAAGAUCCUCAAGUGCAACUCUGACUUCUGGAGCGCCACGUCGGGCAGCCACGCCCCGGCCACGGAAGACGCCCCGGAGUUCUGCGCCGCCCUGCGCACCUACGCCCUGUGCACGCGGCGCACGGCCCGCACCUGCCGCGGUGACCUGGCCUACCACUCGGCCGUCCAUGGCAUCGAGGACCUCAUGAGCCAGCACAACUGCUCCAAGGAUGGCCCCACCUCCCAGCCACGCGUGCGCACGCUGCCCCCGGGCGACAGCCAGGAGCGCUCGGACAGCCCCGAGACCUGCCACUACGAGAGGGGCUUCCACAAGCACGCGGCCGCCCCCAACUACACGCACUGCGGCCUCUUCGGGGACCCACACCUCAGGACGUUCACCGACCGCUUCCAGACCUGCAAGGUGCAAGGCGCCUGGCCCCUCAUCGACAACGCUUACCUGAACGUGCAGGUCACCAACACGCCCGUGCUGCCCGGCUCCGCGGCCACCGCCACCAGCAAGCUCACCAUCAUCUUCAAGAGCUUCCAGGAGUGCGUGGAGCAGAAGGUGUACCAGGCCGAGAUGGGCGAGCUCCCGGCCGCCUUCGCCGACGGCUCCAGGAACGGCGGCGACAAGCACGGGGCCAGCAGCCUGCAGAUCGCCGAGAAGGUGUCGGGCCAGCACGUGGAGAUCCAGGCCAGGUACAUCGGCACCACCAUCGUGGUGCGCCAGGUGGGCCGCUACCUGACCUUCGCGGUGCGCAUGCCGCAGGAGGUGGUGGAGGCGGUGGAGGACCGGGACAGCCAGGGCCUCUACCUGUGUCUGCGCGGCUGCCCCCUCAGCCAGCAGAUCGACGUCCAGGCCGCCGGCCCCGCCCCCGCCACCCCCGAGGCCUUCCCGUACGAGGCGGCCGCGGCCAAGUGCAAGGAGAAGCUGCCCGUGGAGGACCUGUACUACCAGGCCUGCGUGUUUGACCUGCUGACCACAGGCGACGUGAACUUCACGCUGGCCGCCUACUAUGCCCUGGAGGACGUCAGGAUGCUGCACUCACACAAGGACAGGCUGCACCUGUUCGGGAGGACUCGGGAGCUGCCCGGCGGGGCCGCCCCGCGGCUGCCCCGGGGCCCCUGGCCUCUCCUGGCCGCCCUGGGCCUGCUCCUCCCUCUGCUGCCUGAGCUCCGUUAGGCAGCGCCUCUGCCAUCGGGGCCGGGACGCUGGGGCGCGGGUGGAGACAGACGCGCCGCCCGGCCAUCUGCCGGCCAGGGCUGCUCGUCGCCCCCCAGCCGCCGUCGUGCGUGGGACACGGUUGAGAUAACUGGCACGCUGGGGUUUGUGACGUAGAGCGGUGAGAGAACAGCUCCUCUACCCACCCCCCACCACCACCACCACGUGAGCCGGCCACGCGGAGCCCCUGGGGAAGCCCCCUACCCCAGCAGAGGAGAGACCCUGGGCCAGGUGGCGGCCCCUGCACCCCCUGGCAUUGCACUGACACUGGCCCGCCGCACGCACACUCAGCCCAGCGCCUGGCCCCGCCCCUGGGGGCUGAGGCUCCACCCCCACCCCACGGGGCCUCCCGCCUCCCAGCAAGCUGGUGUCACCUGGCCCGCAGGUGGUGCCCCGCCCUUCCCCUUGCUUGGGAGGUCACCGCGCUCGGAGAAGAGACCCCUCACUCUGUCCCUCCCCCUCCGCUGGGCAGGGGACCCAGGGGACAGGGCCAGCUGGCCUGCCCUGACCUCCGCUUCCCCCUCCCCGCCCCCUCCCCAUCCACCAUGUCUGGAAUAUGAGGGUUGGGGGGGCAGGGUCUUGGAAGACCUGUGGCCCUGAGCGUCCCCCGGCGGCCCCUCCCCUGAAGCCCUGUGGCUGCGCUGGGGGCCCCGCAGACCGAGGGCCGGCCCCACUUCUGCUGCUGUCCCGAGCCCCCGGCCCGCCCCCGCCCCCGCCCCGCAGCGCUGUCCGGGACCUCUCAUACACUGGCCGGGAGGCUGCGCACCCGCGGCCCCCUCCCUCCCAGAGGUCCCCUCCCCCGGCCGGGCUUUGGACGACCCCCACGUCGGAAGCAAGAAGCGAAGCACUUUAUUUUGGUUGUGUUUGAUCACGCUCUGCUUGGAAGCGGCCCCCCGCGUCCGCGUGUGUGCGGGCUGCGUGGCGUCACCGCGUGUACAUACUGUAAAUUAUUUAUUAACGCUGUGGGCGAGUAAAGUCCGGUGGUUUUGUUUUCUUA